AAAGGUUGAAGUUCAAAGUUCGAAGCAAAGACGUUUUUAAAGGCUUUGAGAUGAGUUGAACAAUACUAUGCAAUAUUCAGCAGAGAUUAAACACAGUCGCCACAGUAAUAAUAAUAAGAUAAUGGCGAUAAAAUAAAUUUUAGAGUAAAUUUAUAGUGUUUUAUGAUUUCUUUUCCGUGCUGCAGUGUUGAUUUUCAGCUGACAUCUUUGCUCGGCUCCACCGUUGAAUAACAAGCAAGCUAGCGCUAAACGGGGGUAGAAGUAAACAAACGUCUUAAAACCGACACCUAUGCUUUAACAAUUGCCCAGCUUAUAUAUUACAGUCAGCGAUAGCAGACAGUAUGUUAGCUCUGUUGUUGCAGCACCGUGCUGCCCUAUGUAGAAAAUACAGUACUCGUUUAUUAUGGACACUGGCACGGCGAAACUCUCAUGUGUUAUCGAACAAGCCGAUAUCCAGCGAUGGUGUUAAAAAUGUGCUGUCCAGGUGCGCUAACUUCAGAAAGAUGUUCCUUUCUAAAUCGGAGCGGAGUCUUCAAAGUCAGCCGCAGAAACUCAUUCAGAGUCUUCUCCACAGACCCUUGAGUCCUGGCAUGGUGGGAAUUAGCAAGGAGUUAAUCAGGAGCAACCUGCUGAGAAACCCUGUUGGUUUGCUAAAUCUGUUAGGGUCAAUAAACUUCUUCAGUACGACUCAAUCUAAAAAAGAGAAAAAUAAAGGUAAUGGACCAAAGGGAAAAACUCCAGAGGAAGAUGAAGAGAAGAAGAAUCGUCGGCAGAUGUACCGGGAGCGCCUGAGAAACCUCCUCAUCUUAGCGUUCAUAUUGAGCAUAUUCAACUCCAUCAACAGCAUUAGCAGUAACAUCUCUUGGAACGACUUUGUCAAUGAGAUGUUGGCCAAGGGAGAGGUGUCACGUGUGCAAGUCGUUCCUGAGACUGACAUUGUAGAAAUCUACCUUCACUCUGGAGCAGUUAUCUUUGGAAGGCCUAGGAUUGCGCUCAUGUACAGAAUGCAGGUUGCCAACAUUGACAAAUUUGAGGAGAAGCUCAGAGCUGCUGAAGACGAGCUGAAUAUCGACUCUAGGGAUAGAAUACCGGUGUUGUACAAACGCACUGGAUUCUUUGGGAAUGCAGUCUACGCUCUGGGGAUGGCUGCUAUUGGCGUGGCUAUUCUCUGGCAUAUCUUUCGACUGGUAGGCAUGGCUGGCAGACAAGGCGGCUUCAGUGCUUUUAAUCAGCUCAAGAUGGCCAAGUUCACCAUUGUGGACGGCAAGUCGGGCAAAGGUGUGAGUUUCAAAGAUGUAGCAGGCAUGCACGAGGCUAAGACGGAAGUAAAGGAAUUUGUUGACUACCUCAAGAGUCCAGAACGAUAUCUCCAGCUGGGAGCCAAGGUUCCCAAGGGUGCACUGCUACUUGGGCCUCCAGGCUGUGGGAAGACGCUGCUGGCGAAGGCUGUAGCCACUGAGGCCCAGGUGCCUUUUCUGGCUAUAGCUGGCUCUGAGUUUGUGGAGGUCAUCGGAGGUCUGGGUGCUGCUAGGGUCAGGAGUCUGUUCAAGGAGGCUCGUGCUCGAGCACCGUGCAUCGUCUACAUUGAUGAGAUUGACGCCGUGGGGAAGAAGCGCUCCACCAACAUGUCGGGAUUCUCCAAUACCGAAGAGGAGCAGACCCUCAACCAGCUGCUGGUAGAGAUGGACGGAAUGGGAACGACUGACCAUGUCAUCGUCCUUGCCUCCACCAACAGAGCAGAUAUUUUAGACAAUGCUCUCAUGAGACCAGGCAGACUGGACAGACACAUCUUUAUAGACCUGCCCACACUGCAGGAGAGGAAGGAGAUCUUCGAGCAGCAUCUGAAGAUUCUGAAGCUGACCCAACCAGCUGAUUUCUACUCACUGCGUCUGGCUGAGCUCACCCCAGGCUUCAGUGGUGCAGACAUUGCUAACAUUUGUAAUGAAGCUGCUCUGCAUGCCGCCAGAGAGGGUUACAAGUCCAUCGAUACCUUUAACUUUGAAUAUGCAGUGGAAAGAGUAAUAGCAGGGAGUGUAAAGAAGAGUAAGAUCCUGUGUAAAGAGGAGCAGCAGGUGGUUGCCUUCCAUGAGUCUGGACAUGCCUUAGUUGGAUGGUUACUUGAGCACACAGAGGCAGUAAUGAAGGUGUCCAUCGCCCCACGGACUAAUGCAGCCCUGGGAUUUGCCCAAAUCUUACCUCGUGACCAGUACCUUUUCACCAAAGAGCAGCUGUUUGAGCGGAUGUGUAUGGCUCUGGGAGGAAGAGCUGCUGAGGCUAUCACCUUUAACAAAGUCACAACAGGAGCUCAGGAUGACUUGCGCAAGGUGACACGAGUGGCCUACUCUAUGGUGAAGCAGUACGGCAUGUGUGACAGCGUGGGACAGGUCUCAUUCCCAGAAACCGAGGAGCAAGGUGCCAUUGGACGUCGUCCUUUCAGCCAGGGCCUGCAGCAGCAGAUGGACCACGAGGCAAAGAUGUUGAUCGCUCGAGCCUACAGGCACACAGAGAAGCUGCUACUGGACAACAGAGAUAAGCUUACACUCUUGGCCAAUGCACUGUUAGAGCGAGAGGUGGUGAACUACGACGACAUCGAAGCCUUGCUCGGCCCGCCACCCCACGGGCCCAAGAAGAUGAUCGUCCCACAAAGCUGGGUGGAGGCUGAGAGGGACAAACAAGACACAGGAGAAGACGAACCUCAACCACCUCCCCGCAAACACAGAGAGGAGGACGUGAAUCCACAGCUGGUCUGAUCUUAAAAUGAAUGUCUCAAAAAUUCAAAUUUCAAAUGCUGCAUUUUGUAGGGGUUAGCAGCGGCUGGGUGAAUUUAAUGAAACUUUGAACUGAUUCAUCAGUGUGUAGCCUUAUAUGCCAGAAACUGAAAUCUAAGUUUCUUAAAAAUCUAUAGUCCACGCUGAUUAUUAUUUUGGGAGGAAUUCCAUCAUUUUUCUCGCUUGCUGCAGAGCCAUAUUAUUGCGCCAUGGAAGCACUAUAAACAACUUUCUUUACAGGUUGUCUCUAACAACAUUUACUUAAGGCACAAUCAACUAUUAAGCUCUGUUUUUGAAUUCCCCCACACUGUGCACUACUACCUGACUCAAAUGUGGGGUCAUUUUAAGCAGACAUACUGUGGUAUAUACAGGAUUGGAUUCAAAUGUACUGAAAAAGUUAACUUUAGGGCUUAUUGCUCUACACUGUUAGAGAUGCCAUAUAUACCAAAUACAUUUGCAUUUCAUUCAGGUGACUUACAUCUACACAAACACAUUAUCAGCAUUACUGUGUCUGGUAUUUAAAUGAGCUGCAGGAAAAAAAUAACAUGUUGUUGUAAAUUGCUGUGGACAUUUAUACAUAAUAGUGUGUACUUGGGUUUUUUUUUUUUUUUUGACCAGGCUUUAACAGUAGUGGUGAGGAACAAAUGAAACAGCUCUCCAUCAACGAGGAAACUUUUUUACAUUUUGAAAUACCCCUUUAAAGUUUAAAUAUCCACACUUCUGUCAUGUUGGCAAUAAAGCAGCAGAUAUUAGUCCACUCAGCUUGUUCCCUCUCCCACUGUGAGACAUACAGGCUCAGUUAAUAGAUGGAGUAGGUUGAGGUACUGCUUUCUUUGUAUUAGCGGGCUGUGUAUUGGUUUGAUUGCCAUCAGUGAAGAUGAAGUCCUGAAGGAUGGUGUUGCUAAAUAUUUAAAUAAAGUUGUAUUUAAAUA